UUAGCAUGCUGUUAGCAUGUUAGCACGCUGUUAGCAUCGUGUUAGCCUGUUAGCAUGGCGCUGCCGUUAGCACCAGCAUGUCUCCGGUAGCUCUCCGCUCAGAGGUAGCAGCUGCUGUGUUCUGUAGAGAGUGAACCUUCAACAGUUCCGUCAUGUUGUCAUCUGUCUGGAGCUUUGUUAAACGACACAAAAGGAAGUUUAUCUUCACCGGAGCUCUGACUGCAGGAGUGUACAUCCUGGGUAAAUAUGCCCAGAAGAAGAUCAGGGACAUCCAGGAGAGGGAGGCGACCGAGUACAUCGCUCAGGCCAGACGACAGUUCCACUUUGAGAGCAACCAGAGGACGUGCAACAUGACCGUGCUGUCCAUGCUGCCUCCACUGAGAGAAGCCAUCGCCUGUCAACUCAACUCAGAAAGCCUCACCGCACUCCUCAAGGCCAAACCGGCCAACAAGCUGGAAAUCUGGGAGGAUUUAAAGAUCAUCAGUUUCACCCGCACCAUCGUGGCGGUGUACAGCACCUGCAUGCUGGUGGUUCUACUGAGAGUCCAGCUGAACAUCAUCGGAGGAUACCUGUACCUGGACAACUCUGUGGGCAAGAACACCAUGACUCCUCUGGCUCCCCCGGACGUCCAGCAGCAGUACCUGUCCAGUAUCCAACAUCUCCUGGGAGACGGUUUGACAGAGUUGAUGAUGGUAGUGAAGAAAGCCGUACAGAACUCUCUGGGAGGCGUGUCCCUGAAGCAGAGUCUGUCUCUGCUGGAGCUGGAGCAGCAGCUGAGCUGGAUCAGGGCGGAGGUGGAGGCCGGCUCUGAGCGGACGAUGUCCUGGUACAUGCUGGCUGAUGACGAGAACGCGCUCGCUGACCAGGCAUGUGGGCUGACUGAAAACGAUGUUGUGACCAUCAGACUGUUGAACGAGACCAGAGACAUGCUGGACAGUCCAGACUUCACCACCGUCCUGAACGCCAGUUUCAACCGCGGUUUCUCUCGUCUUCUUGACAACCUGGCCGAGUUCUUCCGCCCGCCUCCCUGUGACUCCGCCCCCAGCUCUGCACCCGAUAGUCUGUCUGCAGUCAGUCUGCCGCUGGCGAAGAUCAUCCCCAUCGUCAACGGUCAGAUCAACACCAUCUGCAGCGAGACUCCCAGCCACUUCGUCCAGGAACUGCUGAUGAACGACCAGGUGAAGGAGUUUGCGGCCAACGUCUACGAGACCUUCAGUGCACCUCAGGAGCUGCAGAAAUAAUCAACCGAGCAUGAAGAGGAAGAGGAGGAGGAAGAGGAGGAAUCGAGAGGGAUGAAAACAGAAAUGAUUGAAGCCCUGGACUGUUCAUCCUUCCUCUCUGUGAGACACUCUUCUCCUCCACAUCCUGCAGACUUGAGUCUCUGUGACGAUGAACAUUCAUGACAGAAAUAUCCACGGCGACGCAGCAGUGGAAGCAUCGGUGUGCUUCCUGUGAACGGCGCCGUUAUGGAUAUUCAACUGGUGCAGGAAGACUUGCACCGGGGUUGUAGUCACAGCAGAGCCUGUGGUUAACCCUCGGACCACUGCAUCUUGGGAAAUGGAGUCUUAUUUAACCUGUUAGUGUGGUUUUAAUUACCCCGAGAGGAGGGGAACACACACUGAGACUACGUGGUGAAGGAUCGGUCACUACUGUUCUCCACUUUAUCAAACAAGAAGAAACAUCGUCAGUUUAUUACAUUAAUAUUACAGAUUUUAGGAUGAUGUUCUAUCAGCAGAGGUGAGUGUUUUAUGUCUGUUCUCGUUUCCAGCUGUUCGGUCGGCAUCUUGGCUCUUUGUUUUGAUAUCAGAAGAGUUUUCCUUUAUUCCUUUUCUUGUUUCUUUUUCACAACCUAACCUGGUGUUAGAGGGAUGUGAUGGACCGACGAGGGCUGAUCCGUAUAUGAUGGUGAUCUUCUAAUAUUUAGGGUUUUAAAUUUGACCGUUUUUUCUUGUCCUGGUGGAGAAAAUCUGCAGCAGCUUGGAGGUAAUUUGGAAAUAUUACAGCCUUUAAAAAAAAAAGAUUAUCAAAGAGUGAGAAGAUGAUCAAAAUGUCGUAGUGGAAUUGAUUUAUUCCUAAUUAACGGGGCGGGAUGUAAGAAUGAGAAAUAGCUUGUUAACAGUGACACCUGUGACGUUAAGUCAACGACAGUAACGACAGUCAGCGUCCUGUUGCUUGCCCUGAUGUAUUUGUGCUUCCGUGGAGUCUGCGUUGUGGUGGCAGCUGGUCGUUUGUUGGCGUCAGCGGACUCCUUUUCUUACCAAAUGUUAGCUGUGGUUGCACGCUGUUAGCCCUGUAGCUGGAGCUGAAAAUAAAGGCACUCGCGAGCGUGCACGACAUCACAUCCGUUGGAUUUUGCCGGAAAAAACGUGCCACAUUCUUCACAUUAAAAUCAUUCUACAGGCUGAGAGAGGAAACCCAGAACGUUGUGGAAGGUCUCAUUGUUUCGGUUACUUUACAACCUGUUCACACAGUAAAUACAGUCCCUUUAAAUAUGAUGUCAAAACAGCAUCUUAUCAGAUGUGGAUGACUUUCAGUGGUCAAUAAAACACCUUUAUUAACAGACUCACAUCAGUCCGACUGCAGUUAUGUGUACUUGCUGUUUCAAGUUUCAAGUUUCAAGUUUAUUUGUCAUAUGCAUUUAAAAGUACAGUGUUUCUGUUUAAAUGCAAUGAAAUGCAUUUCACCCUGGCUCUCUCUCAGCCCUUAAAAUCUAUAAAUAGUACAGUUGAUAAAUACUACAAUAAAUAAGACAAUACCUAAGAAUAAAAUUAUAAAACAACCUAAAGACAAACACGCAGCAGUUCAUCUCUUUUGGUGCAAAGAAUACGACCUGCAGGCUUUUAAAUGUUCUGAUUUCAGUCAGACUGUCCUCAACCAAAGGAGGACUAACUGAUUAGUUGAUUUAAUUGACAGAGUUUAAAUCUGGUGUUGACCAGAGAUGUGCUCAGAAGUUUUUUAUGGAAAUAUUCAGCAUGAAAAAAGCAUUAAAAAUCGACUGAUGAAAUCUCAGCCAGGCCGAUUAGUCGACUAAGAGUGAAGCAGCCUUUUGAUUCAGUCUAUAAAUCGGUGUUUUGGAGCGUGUCCUGCAGCGUCUGAUUCCUAUUUUUCCGAUGUAGUUCCCUUUUUUAUCCAGAAGGUGUCGCUGUUCUUCAGCUGAUGUGAGAAUCUGUCUGCAUCGUCCUCCUCUGUCUUUACAUGAAGGGCUUCAUUACAAAAAUGUUCUCUCCUGUUUUUGAGUUCAGUUAAAUGUUCUAUCCUGGACAGGGUGGGUAUUACAUCCUUGUUUGCAUCCUAAAAUAGCCAAAGUUUCACUUUAAUAGCCACAAUCUGUUUGGUAUUUGUCUCAUUAAUGAGCCGAUAUAGACAUAUUCCUCCUGUUUCUUUCUGUUUCACACUGACUGUAUGGGACUACUGGCAACGCUGAACUGAUUUCAGAGCGUUCUGAGUGUAAAUUAUAAGACUGUUAUCCAAAGCCAAGAAAGGAAACCCAGUGGUUCUCAGUGCUGCAUGUUUCCCAACUCUUCCCAGGUGAGAUUAGCUCCUCAGAUCAGGUGAGUUCAGCUCAACGAGAACUCGUUAACGCACCUGAACUCAUCAUGUUCUACUAGCAGAGGAGGGAAAUACGCAGCACUUCAUACACUACUAUAUGAAUUUACAGGUUCUUUACAUCAUCUAGAUCGCUGGAAUAUGAUUAUUUUCAUUGUCAACUAAUCUGUUGAUUAUUUUCUCCAUUAAUCGAUUAGUUGUUUGGUCUGUAAGAUUGUGAAAAAUAUCGAUCAGUGUUUCUUAAAGCUCAAGACGACGUCCUCAAACGUCUUGUUUUGUCCACAACUCAAAGAUAUUCAGUUUCCUGUCACAGAGGAGGAAAGAAACCAGAAGAUAUUCACAUUUAAGAAGCUGCAAUCGAAGACUUUUUUUUUCUUAAGAAAUAACUAAAAUAGUUGGUGAAUAAUUUAAUAGUUUACGACUAAUGAAUCUCCCCUUCAGAGCAUUACCUUAUCACUCCUAUUGUCUUUGAUUAGUGCCACACAGGCGGCUACACAUGGAGGUAAUGGGAAGAUGAUUAUUUUUACAUAACAAAAUGAUAAGAAUUAUUAUUCUAUAUGUUUUAUACAGCCCAUAUUAGAUCUGGUUUGGUUCAGUUCUGAUGCUAAAAUCUGCUGAUUGGUCCUAUAAGAGCAGUAAAGUAAAGUAAGUAUGCAUGCGGAGGCUGGUUGGUGGGAUUCACCAGAAACAGUCUCAGCGUGCCACCAGGUGUUGCACGAUUACCUGUCAGAUUCCUGUUAGUUAGUUUCCCUCUUGAGGAGAAGAGAUCAGUUCAGCUGAUUCAUUCCAACUGAUUCCUUCAUGAUAAUAAUAAACAGGUGAGAAUGUAAAUCUGCGUCUGUAAUCAACGAUUCGUUAUUACGCCUUUUGGAGCAUAAAGAACAUCCUGAAUGACAGAUGAAAUGUACGCUUGUAGCAGUUUAUUGAAGAGAUAAUAAAAGUAAAAUGUGAUUUAAUA